ACAACAUGAUUGUGAUGACGAUGUAUCAUCUGAAAGUUUACAGAUCAUCAGUGAAUUUUUAAUCAUUAUAUUCACUCGUUCAAGAUCUGAGUUUACCAGGGAAAAAAACAACGCUGAUUGAGAAAAAAAAAACACUAAAAAAAGGCAUUGACUUUUCGCCCAAAAUGCCAAAACCAUGAAAUUAAGAUCGUUUGAGCAAUUCUCAUUUCCAUUUCCGGCGGUCUGAUGGCGAGAAUUGCCGCAUUUUUUGUGGUUGCGGCGGCGACGGCGGUGGCGCUGAUCAGUGGUGUGUGGGCCCAAUCCCAGGAGGCGCCAUGGAGGAUCCACACGCUGUUCUCCGUGGAGUGUCAGAACUACUUCGAUUGGCAAACGGUGGGGCUAAUGCACAGUUUCAGGAAGGCGGGUCAGCCCGGCCCGAUUACCCGGCUCCUGAGCUGUACAAAUGAGGAGAAGAAGAGUUAUAGAGGCAUGGACUUGGCUCCCACUCUUGAGGUCCCUUCCAUGAGCAGACACCCCAAGACUGGUGAUUGGUAUCCUGCCAUUAACAAACCAGCUGGUGUUGUCCACUGGCUUAAGCACAGUAAAGAGGCAGAAAAUGUUGAUUGGGUUGUUAUUCUAGAUGCAGACAUGAUUAUCCGAGGUCCAAUCAUACCAUGGGAGCUUGGUGCUGAGAAAGGCAGGCCUGUUGCCGCAUAUUAUGGGUACUUGGUUGGAUGCGACAAUGUUCUUGCCAAACUGCACACGACACACCCUGAACUUUGUGACAAGGUUGGGGGGCUUCUGGCCAUGCAUAUAGAUGAUCUUCGCGCUUUGGCACCCAUGUGGCUUUCAAAAACCGAGGAAGUAAGGGGAGAUAGAGCUCACUGGGCUACCAACUAUACCGGUGAUAUAUAUAAUUCGGGGUGGAUAAGUGAAAUGUAUGGAUAUUCUUUUGGCGCUGCAGAAGUGGGACUCCAACACAAAAUUAAUGAUAAUCUGAUGAUUUACCCAGGCUAUAUUCCCCGAGAGGGUAUUGAACCUAUUCUUUUGCACUAUGGCUUGCCUUUUAGUGUUGGAAAUUGGAGUUUCAGUAAGCUUAAGCAUCAUGAAGACAACAUUGUUUAUGAUUGCGGUCGCCUAUUUCCAGAGCCUCCUUAUCCCAGAGAGAUAAAAGAAAUGGAAGUUGAACCUAUGCAAAAGAGAGCACUGUUUCUGAACUUAGAAUGCAUCAAUACUCUGAAUGAAGGUCUGUUAUUGCAGCACGCUGCUUUUGGAUGUCCCAAACCAAAGUGGUCAAAGUAUCUAAGCUUCUUAAAGAGCAAAACGUUUGCUGACCUUACUCGACCUAAGCUUCUCACUCCUAGAAGCCGACAAACAAUGGAGCUUCACAAUGAAGUUUCUCAAGCCACGAAUGAGCCAGAAAAACCACAUCCCAAAAUUCACACCAUUUUUUCUACAGAAUGCUCACCUUAUUUUGAUUGGCAAACUGUUGGGCUCGUCCACAGUUUCUACCAGAGUGGUCAACCGGGAAAUAUCACAAGACUUCUAAGCUGUACAGAAGAGGACUUGAAGCAAUAUAAAGGCCAUGAUUUGGCUCCUACCCACUAUGUUCCAUCCAUGAGUCGACAUCCAUUGACUGGAGAUUGGUACCCUGCAAUUAAUAAACCAGCUGCAGUCCUUCAUUGGCUUAAUCAUGUGAAGGUUGAUGCCGAGUAUAUUGUUAUCUUAGAUGCCGAUAUGAUCAUGAGAGGACCAAUAACACCAUGGGAGUUCAAUGCAGCCCGUGGCCGACCAGUUUCAACCCCAUAUGACUACCUGAUUGGCUGUGACAAUGUGCUUGCGAAGCUCCAUACUCGUCAUCCAGAAGCUUGCAACAAGGUUGGCGGUGUGAUCAUAAUGCACUUUGACGAUCUUCGGAGAUUUGCAAUGCUGUGGCUGCACAAAACUGAGGAAGUCCGAGCCGACAGAUCUCAUUGGUCCAAAGACAUUACGGGAGAUGUAUAUGAAUCCGGAUGGAUCAGCGAGAUGUAUGGCUACUCCUUUGGUGCUGCCGAGUUGAAUUUGCGGCACACCAUAAGCAACGAGAUUCUUAUAUACCCGGGAUACAUUCCUGUGCCUGGUGUCAAGUAUAGAGUAUUCCACUAUGGCUUGGAAUUUAAGGUUGGAAACUGGAGCUUCGAUAAAGCAAACUGGAGGCAUGUCGACUUGGUUAACAAAUGUUGGGCUAAGUUUCCCGACCCUCCUGAUCCGAAAACUCUAGUUCAAACCGAUAAUGAUGUAUUACAACGUGAUUUGCUUAGCAUAGAAUGUGGGAGUAAAUUAAACGAAGCUCUACGCCUACACCACGAGAGAAAGAAAUGCCCGGAUCCCAAUUCCUUGGCUACAACUAAAGAGACCAGACGUCAGACCGUGAAACCUAAUCAGACUAAACCAACUACUGAUAGUGCUAUACCGGGGAAGUUUGGGAAAGUUGAUGAAAGUGCUAAUGAAAUUCAAGUCAUGAAGCGCGAUUCUGUUGUUCCGAAAAACAAUUCUCAAGAAUCAUCGCAGCCUGAAGUGACGAAUGGAACGUUCAAUUCUAUGAGGUUUUGGAUCAUUGUGCUGUGGGCUGUUUCAAUUCUCGGGUUUGUGGCAGUAAUGUCAAUGAUGCUUUCGCGUCGUAAGGGACUGAAAAGAAGAGGUAAAAGUUACAAGCCCAAGAGAAGAGCCUCACAUUCGGGUUUCUGGGAUGCGAAUGGCAAUGAUAGGCAUCUUCGCAGCACUGAAACUGCAUAACCACCUUCGAGAUAUUAACGAGACAAAAAUGCAGCACAGAUUUAUCUAUCUAACCCAUCAAAGCCCAAGUCGAAGUUCUUUGGAAAUGUAAACACAACUCUUUUUAGCGUUAAGAUCAAGUCUUCCAGAUUACGAGAUUGGUUACUGUGAAGGGAGAAACACAUCAUGAAUAGGGAGAUCAGCAAGUUGUCAACUGAAGCUGGAGGGGUACAUAAGAACAAGUGAAAACCAAGCUUGACAGACUGAACAAUAAUACUCAGAUACCACUUUUCCUGUUUUAUUUUGCUCCUUGUAUUCUUCUAACAUUUGUGUAGCCUAUUCUUCAAACAAAAGAAAGAGAGAAACAAGAAUUCCAGAACUUUUUUUGUAUUAUUUGUUGCCAAGUUUUGCAGUUUUAGUCUCUCUGUGAUUAUGUUUCCGAUUCA